AUGGGUCCCGAUUUUCUCUUCAAUGAUGAUACUUUUUUAACGGACAUGAACAUUGAUACUUUAUCUGAUAGACUUCCCAGUCUCACGAAAUGGAAUGUCAACGACCAGGAUGCAUUGUUAAAUGUUCUUAUGGAGCUUUUAUUGUGUUACAAGCAGCAUCAGGUACAAUUACUUGAGAAGCAAGACAGAUUAAAGCUAGAAUACACUAUGCUAAUGAGUUCAACAGACAUAGCACAAGAAGAUGUUGAAGUGAUGUUACUACCAUUUGGUUCCAAACCAACAGAAGCUAAAUUUUUGAUAAGCUUAUCGAUUGAUGUUUCUCAGUUACAAAAUCGACCAUUUGAAUCACAAAAUGAUGUGGCAAUGCUUCUUGUAACAUUUUAUGGACCAAAUUGGAAUCGUAUUAUGCCACAAAUUUAUUUUUCUAAAUACUUAGAACAAGUUCUUGAUGGAAUAUCAGCCUUGGAGUUACCACAUUAUCCGAUAGAUAAAUGUCUAACAGAUUAUGUACUAGAGAUAAAGAAAUACGUAGAAGAGAAGGCACAUAAAAUCAUUGGUUCAGAUUUUCGAAAGCAGAUGUCUCUUUGUUACAACGGUAUUAAAGUAUCAAUUUAA